CCUACCCUCCUUGCCAUUAAUUAAAAUUAACCCUAAGGCCAUUUGGUGGGCAAAAUGACCAAGGGGAAAUACACUUUGUAAGAGAUUGGGGUUGCAGCUUUACCAAGGAGGAUAGACCGUAAAAUUACUAUCCUGGAGAUACUUCUUUAGGGAUUUGGAGUAAAAAUAAUAUUUUUAAGAUUCGUGGAUGUUAAAAGUACCCUAGCUUGCUUUCUAUGUUAUGCCUGUCGCCUCAAAAGAAGCUCUCCUGUGGAACCCCCACCUCACAUAGGAAAACUCAGCAGGGAAGGGGCUCAGUGAUUCUUACCUAUUGGAACUAGAUGACACAGGCCAAGGAGCCCGGAGCAUUUGUGAAACUCCAGCCAGCAAGUUGCAUCAAGGUUUUAGUUAGCAGAGCUUGGCAUUGUGCCUUUAUCACAUGUCUGGAUGAGAUGUGUGCUGGUGGUAAAUGUGUCCUACUGGGCCCCAGAGUCGUCCUAGGUCGGAUAACUUGUUUAUGGGUUGGUGGUGCUGAGAUACUUCUAGUGUGCUGGAAUAGUUCCUGCAUCAUUGUGUGAAACCCAGGAUUGAAAUAAAUCCUUCUUUUAUCCUCAGCGUCGAAAUUAAUGACUGUGAAGGCUAAUUUUAAAUUCUGGUUAAAACAUAUCUCUGUAGAAAACUUAGGAGGAGGUAAUGAAAAGUUCUUAAAAUGAUAGCCUUUCUGAGUCAGUUGUGCAGCGUUAAAUGAAGGAAAUCUUCAGGCUGUAAUCUUCAUUCUCACCUUUUUAUGUUUUUUUUUAAAUUUCAUUUGUUAUUUAAGGGCAAUUCCUGUCCCUUUUUGGAGUUACAGUAGAGUUGCUUAUAGUUGAAAGCAUAAAGCUUCUUCCCACCUGUUUGAUUUUAGCAGCUGAAGGGAUUAAUACAGCUGCUAGGAAGGACAAUAGGGGGCUCUAAGCUGGAGUAUAAACAAUAUGAAAUUCUUGAAGUACAAGGGGCUUAAGGAAGGGGAAAAAUAAAGUACUGUUCUCUAAAGAUUCUGUAAUUUCAGUACAAAACGAGAUUUUAGAGAUUGUGUCAUUGAACAACUUAAUUUUACAAAUACGAAGAUUUGAAAUUCAGAUGAAUUUAGGAUAAUCUGAUUCAAGCUUCAAAACUAAUGCAUUUACUUCUGAAACAGUCCUUAAUGCUAUUAAAUGUAUUCCUGAAUAGUCUGAGUUGCAUAGUAGGCUUAUAUUAAGGAAGUACCAAUGAUAAAUACACAAGGUUUUGUCUGUAAUGAUAGUCUAUUAGAAUGAAGAAGGAAGCUCAAGGAAUUGUUGAUGGUGUCAAAGCAAGUAUUUGAGUCCUUAUUCCACUUGAGGUCCAGUCAGAAGAAAACAUAUUCCAUGUUUUUAAUUCUGAUUCAUUAUGUUUGGUAGUGUUUUCCUGUAAUCGUUAGACUUUGGCCUACCCACUCUCCAGGAAAAACUAGUUGAGCCACCUUGUCUUUUCCAUGGUAGGAUGCCAUAAGAACUUCAGAAUUACUGGUUGAGUGAAUUUUGAAUUUGAAUUUUGGUACCACGGGCUUCCCCCCCGCCCCCCUUAACAUUCCCUUCUAAGCAUUGAGCAUUUGUUGAUCCAAUUCUGUGUUACCUCCUGAAUGCCAGAGAUACUGUCUUACUGUCAUGCCAAACAUUGGUGUAUUUUGACAUAAUGAAACACUUAAAUUCCAAGUUAAGGAGUGGGGAUCCAGUGUAUUCUCGCCACUCCAAUUGUCUUCUUUGGUUUGUUUUUGUUUUUGUUUUUGUUUUUUUUGAGACGGAGUCUCACCCUGUCACCCAGGCUGGAGUGCAUGCAGUAGCGCGAUCUUGGCUCACUGCAACCUCCACCUCCUGGGUUCAAGCCAUUCUCCUGCCUCUGCCUCCUGAGUAGCUGGUAUUACAGGUGUACACCACCACACCCAGCUAAUUUUUGUAUUUUUAGUAGAGACGGGGUUUCGCCAUGUUGGUCAGGUCGGUCUGGAACUCCUGACCUCGUGAUCCGCCCUCCCAGGCAUCCCAAAGUGCUGGGAUUACAGGCAUGAGCCACUGUUCCAGGCUCUCCAAUUCUCUUCUUCUAAAAUAGCACCACAAUCUGGUUUAACAAGUUAGGUUACAGUUUCAUAAUACAGUCCCUACCCUUGUGAGUAAGCUCUCUGCCUGGAGGUCUAAUUCAUGUCUAAUUCAUCUUGGAUUGAUGUCUGAAGAAUUAACAUCACCUAGGAAGGUUUAUAGAGACUAUUACAGUCCUUUUGUGGUUGGUUUUCUUGUCUGGGUUUUGUGAGUAAGUAAAGUGGUAAGGUAUAAAGAAGCUAAGUGACUUUAAUACUUGAUAUUAAAUUCUGAAGUGUUUCAACUUUAGGAAGAACUGAAUUGUGCUGUGCACCUCCUUCCCAAAACUAUUCUAACAGAGUCAGAUGUUUCCUAGCCUAGUGGAAGCCUGAAAGUAUAAAAGCCUGUGUUUUCUUAUUCAGUUCAGAUUCCCCAUCAUCGUCACUGCUCACUACCUUCUUUGUUCCAGUUUUCAGUAUCUUUUCUGUUCAUGAUAUUUGGGUGGACAGAGUAGCACAGCUGUUCUUCUCGUGGGAAUUCUAUUGGCUGUGAGAAAGACUUGGGAAUACAGUCCAUUUCAAGAAGUAAGGGGAGGGCACAACUGGGAAAGGAUAGAAAGCAUGUUGUUCUCAACCUACCAAGAGUCUGUGCUCCCCAUUUAGAUAUAGGCUGCUCUUAGACUAUUCUCCUCACCCUAAAAUAGUUGGUUUACUUUGGUAGAACUUGGGGAAGUGUGAGAAAUUAGGAGGGGAAUGUCUUCUCACUUGACCACUGAAAAAUGUUUGGGGAAGGUUGUUGUUGCCUGUCACCUUUAUCUAAUCCUGCGUGGUGACUUAGACUGUCAGAUUUUAAACUCCAGUGUUUCCUAGGAGGCAUGUUGUACCAAGUUGGGCUGCAUAACUCACCUUUUUUCUCCUCCCCCUCCCCCUUUCUUUAUCUCCUUUUGCCUUUCUCCAGCUGUGCUACCUAUGUCUUCAGCCUUGAGUGUCACUGCUGCCUUAGGGCAGCCUGGACCUACCCUCCCCCCUCCUUGCUCUCCUGCCCCACAACAGUGCCCUCUCUCAGCUGCUAACCAGGCUUCCCCAUUCCCUUCUCCCUCUACUAUUGCCUCGACCCCUUUAGAAGUUCCUUUUCCCCAGUCAUCCUCUGGAACAGCCCUACCUUUGGGAACUGCCCCUGAAGCCCCAACCUUCCUACCAAACCUAAUAGGGCCUCCCAUCUCCCCAGCUGCCUUAGCUCUAGCCUCUCCCAUGAUAGCUCCAACUCUGAAAGGGACCCCUUCCUCUUCAGCUCCCUUAGCUCUGGUUGCCCUGGCUCCCCACUCAGUUCAGAAGAGUUCUGCUUUUCCACCUAACCUUCUUACUUCACCUCCUUCAGUGGCUGUAGCUGAGUCAGGGUCAGCGAUAACUCUGUCAGCUCCCAUUGCUCCCUCAGAACCAAAGACUAAUCUUAAUAAAGUUCCAUCUGAGGUAGUCCCUAAUCCAAAAGGCACCCCCAGCCCUCCAUGUAUAGUCAGUACUGUUCCUUACCACUGUGUGACUCCCAUGGCCUCUAUUCAAUCUGGAGUGGCCUCCCUUCCUCAGACAACACCCACAACUACCCUAGCCAUCGCUUCCCCUCAAGUCAAAGAUACCACCAUUUCCUCAGUUCUGAUUUCUCCACAAAACCCAGGAAGCCUCAGCCUGAAGGGGCCUGUUAGUCCACCUGCUGCCUUAUCUCUUUCAACUCAGUCUCUUCCUGUGGUGACCUCUUCUCAAAAGACUGCGGGUCCCAACACCCCCCCGGAUUUUCCCAUUUCUCUGGGCUCUUAUCUUGCACCUUUACAUCAGAGUUCUUUUGGUUCUGUCCAACUUUUAGGUCAAACAGGUCCUAGUGCUUUGUCAGACCCUACAGUGAAGACCAUUUCUGUAGAUCAUUCUUCCACAGGGGCCUCUUAUCCUCCUCAGAGAUCUGUAAUUCCUCCCCUUCCUUCCAGAAAUGAGGUAGUUCCUGCUACUGUGGCUGCCUUUCCAGUGGUGGCUCCAUCUGUUGACAAAGGUCCCUCUACCAUCUCUAGCAUAACCUACAGCCCUUCUGGCUCCUUAAAUGUAGCUACCUCUUCUUCAUUAUCUCUUACAACCUCUCUCAUUCUCAAAAGCUCUCCUAAUGCCACUCAUUAUCCUUUAGUGGCCCAAAUGCCCGUUUCUUCUGUUGGAACCACCCCACUUGUGGUGACUAACUCCUGUACAAUUGCUGCAGCACCUACUACUACCUUUGAGGUAGCUACUUGUGUUUCUCGUCCAAUGUCAUCAGGUCCCAUAAGUAACAUAGAACCAACUUCCCCUGCUGCCUUGGUUAUGGCACCUGUGGCUCCCAAAGAGCCUUCUACUCAAGUAGCAACCACUCUGAGGAUACCAGUCUCUCCUCCUCUGCCAGACCCUGAAGACCUCAAAAAUCUCCCCAGUUCAGUAUUGAUUAAAUUUCCAACACAAAAAGACCUCCAAACUGUACCUGCCUCUCCUGAAGGAGCCCCUUUCUCUCCAGCCCAAGCAGGACUCACCACCAAGAAAGACCCUGCUAUAUUACCGUUAGUCCAGGCAGCCCCUAAAAAUUCCCCUUCUUUCCAAAGUACAUCCUCUUCUCCAGAGAUACCUCUUUCUCCUGGAGCCACCCUAGCAAAGAAAAGCCUUGGGGAGCCUCUCCCUAUAGGUAAGACAGCCAGCAGUAUGACCUCCCCUCUGGGUGUUAACUCCUCGGCCUCUGUAAUCAAGACAGAUUCUUAUGCAGGCCCAGACUCUGCUGGUCCGCUUCUCAAAAGUUCUCUCAUUACCCCAACAGUGGCUGCAUUUCCUUUGGAAAGUGCUGACCCUGCUGGGGUGGCUCCCACAACUGCCAAAGGUACCUCAACUUAUACAACUACAGCCAGCCCUUUUCUAGAAGGAACUGUCUCUUUAGCUCCUAAAAACCACCCAGUUAAGGAAGGUACUCUUACUACUUUACCCUUGGUUCCUACAGCUUCAGAAAAUUGCCCUGUGGCUCCAUCCCCCCAGAAUACCUGUGCUCCUCUGGCUACCUUAGUGCUGGCCCCUGAAGUCCCAAAGUCUGUGCCCUCACCCUCUCUUCCCCCAGCUGGGACUCCUCCAGGUACAAGAAAGGUUGAUGGUAUUUCUCAUACUUCAGCAUUGGCACCUGUUGCUUCCUCUCCCAAAGAGUGCCCAACUGAGGACUCUGGUGCUUCUGCUACUGCAUCUUCCAAAGGAACUCUGACUUACCUAGCUGAUUCCCCAUCUCCUUUAGGGGUUAGUGUGUCUCCUCAGACUAAAAGACCUCCAACCAAGAAGGGUUCUGCUGGCCCUGAUACUCCUGUUGGAAAUCUCUCAUCCCCUGUUUCUCCAGUUGAAGCUUCAUUUCUUCCAGAGAAUAGUCUUUCUUUCCAAGGCUCUAAAGACUCACCAGCCACGAAGCAUUCUCCCACUCCUCCAUCCCCCAAAGGGGCCCCUACUCCCUCAGCUGUGACUCCUCUGUCUCCCAAAGGAGUAACACUACCCCCCAAAGAGACCCCCACUCCUUCAGUGGUGAAUCUGCCCUUCCCCAAAGAGGGUCCAGCUACCCCAGCACCCAAACAGGCUCCCGCUCUAUCCAUGACUUCUUCCUCCCCCAAAAAGGCCCGAGCAACUCCAGCCCCCAAAGGAAUCCCAGCUUCCCCAUCCCCCAAAGGGGCCCCCACACCCCCAGCUGCAACUCCUCCCUCCCCUAAAGGAGGCCCAGCUACCCCAUCCCCGAAAUGGGCCCCCACACCCCCAGCUGCAACUCCUCCCUCCCCCAAAGGAGGUCCAGCUACUCCAUCCCCCAAAGGGGCCCCCAUACCCCCAGCUGCGACUCCUCCCUCCCCCAAAGGAGGUCCAGCUACUCCAUCCCCCAAAGGGGCCCCCACACCCCCAGCUGUGACUCCUCCCUCCCCCAAAGGAAGUCCAGCAGCUACCCCAUUCCCCAAAGGGGCACCCACACCCCCAGCUGCAACUCCUCCCUCCCCCAAAGGAAGUCCAGCAGCUACCCCACUCCCCAAAGGGGCCCCCACAACCCCAGCUGCAACUCUUCCCUCCCCAAAAGGAGGUCCAGCUACCCCAUCCCCCAAAGGGGCCCCCACUCCCCCAGCUGCGACUCCUCCCUCCCCAAAAGGAGGCCCGGCUACCCCAUCCCCCAAAGGGGCCCCCAUUCCCCCAGCUGCGACUCCUCCCUCCCCAAAAGGAGAUCUAGCUACUCCACCCCACAAAGGGGUACCCACAUCCCCAGCUGCAACUCCUCCCUCCCCAAAAGGAGGUCUAGCUACCCCACCCCCAAAAGGGGCCCCCACAACCCCAGCUGCAACUCCUCCCUCCCCAAAAGGAGGUCUAGCUACCCCAUCCCCCAAAGGGGCCCCCACAACCCCAGUUGCAACUCCUCCCUCCCCAAAAGGAGGUCUAGCUACCCCAUCCCCCAAAGGGGCCCCCACAACCCCAGCUGCAACUCCUCCCUCCCCAAAAGGAGGUCUAGCUACCCCAUCCCCCAAAGGGGCCCCCACAACCCCAGCUGCAACUCCUCCCUCCCCAAAAGGAGGCCCAGCUACCCCACCCCCCAAAGGGGCCCCCACUCCCCCAGCUGCAACUCCUCCCUCCCCAAAAGGAGGUCUAGCUACCCCACCCCACAAAGGGGCCCCCAAUCCCACAGUUGUAACUCCUCCCUCUCCAAAAGGAGGCCCAGCUACCUCACCCCCCAAAGGGGCCCCCACUCCCCCAGCUGCAACUCCUCCCUCCCCAAAAGGAAGCCCAGGUACCCCACCCCCCAAAGGGGCCCCCACUUCCCCAGCUGUAACUCCUCCCUCCCCUAAAGGGACCCCUACUCUCCCAGCUACAACUCCCUCCUCUAAAGGAGGCCCAACUACCCCAUCCUCCAAAGAGGGCCCCACUCCCCCAGCUGCAACCCCCUCCCACAAAGGAGGUCCCGCUAUGACUCCUCCCUCCCCCAAAAGAGGACCAGCUAUCCCAUCUCCCAAAGGGGACCCCACUUCCCCAGCAGUGAUUCCUCUCUCCCCCAAAAAGGCUCCAGCAACUCCAGUCACCAGAAAAGGCGCAGCCACCCCAUCCAAAGGAGAUCUCACUCCCCCAGCAGUGACUCCUGUCUCCCUCAAAAAGGCCCCAGCAACUUCAGCCCCCAAAGGAGGCCCAGCUACCCCAUCCUCCAAAAGGGAUCCCACCCUCCCAGCAGUGACUCCUCCUUCCCCCAAGGAGCCCCCAGCCCCCAAACAAGUUGCCACUUCUUCCUCUCCCAAAAAGGCCCCAGCAACUCCAGCCCCCAUGGGGGCCCCCACUCUGCCAGCUGUGAUUCCUUCUUCCCCCAAAGAGGUCCCAGCUACCCCAUCCUCCAGAAGGGACCCCAUUGCCCCAACAGCGACUCUUCUCUCUAAAAAGACCCCAGCAACUCUAGCCCCCAAAGAGGCCCUCAUUCCCCCAGCUAUGACUGUUCCCUCCCCUAAAAAGACCCCAGCAAUUCCAGCCCCCAAAGAAGCCCCAGCUACCCCAUCCUCCAAAGAGGCCUCCAGUCCCCCAGCAGUGACUCCUUCCACUUACAAAGGGGCCCCAUCCCCCAAAGAGCUCCUCAUUCCACCAGCUGUGACUUCUCCCUCCCCCAAAGAGGCACCUACUCCUCCAGCUGUGACUCCUCCAUCCCCCGAAAAGGGCCCAGCAACUCCAGCCCCGAAAGGGACUCCCACUUCCCCACCUAUGACUCCUUCCUCCCUCAAAGACUCCCCUACUUCCCCAGCUUCUGUCACAUGUAAAAUGGGGGCCACUGUUCCUCAGGCAUCUAAAGGGCUUCCAGCAAAGAAAGGCCCCACAGCUCUGAAAGAAGUACUUGUUGCCCCAGCUCCAGAAAGCACGCCAAUCAUCACAGCUCCCACUCGGAAAGGUCCACAGACCAAAAAGAGUUCUGCUACUUCACCUCCUAUAUGCCCAGAUCCCUCAGCUAAGAAUGGUUCUAAAGGACCCCUUUCCACAGUGGCUCCAGCCCCUCUACUCCCUGUUCAGAAAGACUCUUCAAAGACAGCAAAAGGCAAAGAUGCUUCUCAUUCCCCAAAGGGCCCCUUGGCUCCUCCUGAGUCUAAGGCAUCCACCCCUCUAACAGCAGCUGCCUUUGAGAAGGUCCUUCCUAAACCUGAAUCAGCAUCUGUCUCUCCAGCACCCACCCCACCAGUCUCUCUGCCUCUUGCUCCCUCCCCAGUUCCCACUCUGCCUCCUAAACAGCAAUUUCUGCCGUCCUCUCCUGGGCUGGUGUUGGAAUCACCCUCUAAACCCCUUGCCCCUGCUGAUGAGGAUGAGCUGCCGCCUCUGAUUCCCCCGGAACCAAUCUCUGGGGGAGUGCCUUUCCAGUCGGUCCUCGUCAACAUGCCCACCCCUAAAUCUGCUGGAAUCCCUGUCCCAACCCCCUCUGCCAAGCAACCUGUUAUGAAGAACAACAAGGGUAUUUGCCUUGGUUUGCCGUGUGCAUGGUGUGUCUGUCGUCCACACCCCUCUUGGGGGCUACCCACCAAUACUAACCCUGUGAUGCGCCGCUUUCUCCAGUGAAUCUGCUUGGGUUUGGAUGUAGAACAUAGAAUGAUAAUUUUAAAUGCAAAAGUUCUAGGAAUAUGAAACCAAAUCUUGGUUUUCAUUACUUCAGAUAGAUACAUAGUACAUUGUGUAUCAUUUUUGUAUAAUGUGGCCUGGACUACCCUGAGCCUGCCAUGCCAUCUAUUUUACCUAAUUGAUCUGACAUUGAAAACCAAGACCUGCCAGACCUUUUCAUUUGCUCUAAUCCCUACCACAUCACUAACUAACCUUGUCCCUGGGCCUGAGAUUUGCUAAAAUUAUUGGAGAAUUGAACUAUUUGUAUUUAUUUUUCCAUUAUUAGACUUAGUAAUGACCAGUUGUCCAGGGACUCCCUUUUCAUAAAAAUGUAGAAAUCUGUUUUUCCUAGCCUGAAAAUGGUGCAGGUGUAUGCUUUUUUUCCUCAGUAGUCUUUACUGAUGCUUGGCCUUUGAAUUGAAAGAAAUUUAUGUGAAUUAUGUUUGGAAAAACUAGAGAUAUAGGUCAUCAUCAUUGAGAAUCUUCUUAUUAUUAUUGAUUAGAUCACAUUGCUGGGGUGAAUGGUUUGAAAAUGAGGCUGAAUAUGUGUAUGUGUCUGCUUUUGACUUCCUCCAACCCAGUUUAAAAGUUGAGGGGAAAACCACCCAACCUGUUGUGCCUCCACGGUGUGAUUUUGGUUUUUUCACUUAAGUGUAUCUGGGGGCACCUUCUGACAGAACUUUACAGGGAUAAUUGGACUAUUGGGUAAAAUUUAGAGUCAUAUGGGUCAUUAUUUGCCUGUGCCAAGAAACAAAGACCUUGAGGGAAAGAAAGCAGUUACAGUAUAUUAAACUGCUCAGCUAUUUCUAGUGAUUACUCCUCAUUUCUGGGGUUAGGGCUGGGUCUUUACUAGAUACGUACCCGCUAGUUAGUGACUAAGUUAGGGGCUAUCAAGCUGGCUUCACACAAGCCAGUUGGUUUACAUUUAACAUUCUUAGGUCUAGCAUGAGGCAUUCACCUCUAGUCCAGGGCAGGCUGUGGUGAAGUACCUUCUCUUAUAAUUUCUACUAUAAAGCAGUAAAAGUUGUUUCUCA